AAUUUACAUUUCCAUCAACAGUAUACUAGGGUUCCCUUUUCUCCACACCUUUGCCAGCACUUAUCUUGUUUUUUUUUUUCGUAAUAGCCAUCCUAAUAGGUAUGAGGUGGUAUCUAACUGUGGUUUUGAUUUGUGUUUUCCAGAUGACUUGUGAAGUUGAUUCAGUUGUCAUAUACCUGUUGGCCAUUUAUAUGUCUUCUUUGGAAAAGUGUCUGUUCAAGUCCUUUGCCCACUUUUUAAUUUGUUAGUGUAUGUUUGCUAUUGAGUUGUAUGAGUUCCUUAUAGUAUAUUGUGGAUAUUAACUCUUCAUCAGUUAUAUGGUCUGCAAAUAUUUUCUCCCACUCUGAAUGCUGCCUUUUCAUUUUUUUUAUGUGUAUACUUGACUUUUAAAAUCAGUAACAAGGUCCAUACAAUUCACAUUUGGCUGAUAUGCCUCUUGAUUCUCUUGUAAUUUGUAAGUUCCUUUGACUCCUUUCCUUCUUUUAAUUUAUUUGUUAAAAAAUGGAAUCAUUUGCACUAUAGAAUCUCCCACAUUCUGGAUUAUGACAAUUGCAUUCCAAUGGAGUCCUUUAGCAUGUUCCUGUGUUUCUUAUAAUCCGGUAGUUAGAUCUAGAAUUUGACCAGAUUUAAGGCCAAUUUUUUUAGCUAGAAUACUGCAUGGGUGGUUAUAUUUUAGCUAGGAUACCGCAUGGGUGGUUCAUGAUAUCAUGAAAAAAGCAUGUUCUUAAAGCAAUUUAAGUGACAGUACAAAAGGUUGAGUCAGGUGGGGCAUGGUAGCUCAUGCCUGCAAUCCCAGCCCUUUGGGAGGCCAAGGCAGGAGGAUUGUUGAAGCCCGGAGUUCGAGACCAGCCUGGGCAACAUAGUGAGACCCCGUCCCUACAGAAAACAUUUUUUUAAUUAGCUGGGCUUGUUGGCAUGUGCCUGUAGUCCCAGCUACUCAGGAAGCUGAGGCAGGAAGAUCGCUUGAACCCAUGAGGUCAAGGCUGCAAUGAAUCAUGAUGGCAACACUGCACUUUAGCUCAGGCAACAGACCAAGGCCCUGUCUCGAAAAACAAAAAACUAUAACAAAAAAAGAAAAGGUUGGGUCGAUGACAGUUUCUAGCGACUGAUGCCACCACUCUGUUUACAGAAUCACCCCUCUCCUCUGGCCCUGAUGUUUUAUCAUGAUAUCAUAUUUACAAUGCCUGGCAAAGGCUUCAUUCCCAUUUGGCAUACUACCUCUCAGCCAAAUAGACCUUUUGAAAGCCUGUAUUAUGUAUAUAACAUAUAGGCUCACACUGGAUAAGCUAUUUUAUAACCUGACUUCUUCAAAGAAAGUUUACAUCAUGUUUAAACCAUGUUUUAGAUUCUAUAUUUUUAAUUAAAAAUCUAAGGAAGAAGGAUAUUUCACAUUUCUGUAAACUCUAAGAUCUUGCAGCAGAAGCAAAACUGCACAUUUAGGGGUGCCUGCCCCUCUACUGAUGCUGCCCUUUGUGGGUCAUAUGUCCUUAGGAAAAUGAAAGACUGUGCACUCUUGAUUUGUUGGCCAGCUCUGUUGACAUCUUUCAGUGGUUCCUUUUAUGUAUGGGCACUCCUACAGAGGCCUCUUGUACUUUGGGAACCGGUGAGUCUCCCUGCCCCUAGGGCUUUUUAGUCACAUGUCCAUCCACUGUUUCAGUGUAACAUGCAUCUAGGCAAGGUUAACGAUUAAAUGGUUGGGAUGAAAGGUCAUCCUUUACGCAGAACGUCAGAAUGGUAGAUAAUUCCUGUUCCACUUUCUUUGACGAAACAAGUAAAGAAGAAACAACACAAUCAUAUUAAUAGAAGAGUCUUCGUUCCAGACGCAGUCCAGGAAUCAUGCUGGAGAAGUUCUGCAACUCUACUUUUUGGAAUUCCUCAUUCCUGGACAGUCCGGAGGCAGACCUGCCACUUUGUUUUGAGCAAACUGUUCUGGUGUGGAUUCCCUUGGGCUUCCUAUGGCUCCUGGCCCCCUGGCAGCUUCUCCACGUGUAUAAAUCCAGGACCAAGAGAUCCUCUACCACCAAACUCUAUCUUGCUAAGCAGGUAUUCGUUGGUUUUCUUCUUAUUCUAGCAGCCAUAGAGCUGGCCCUUGUACUCACAGAAGACUCUGGACAAGCCACAGUCCCUGCUGUUCGAUAUACCAAUCCAAGCCUCUACAUAGGCACAUGGCUCCUGAUUUUGCUGAUCCAAUACAGCAGACAAUGGUGUGUACAGAAAAACUCCUGGUUCCUGUCCCUAUUCUGGAUUCUCUCAAUACUCUGUGGCACUUUCCAAUUUCAGACUCUGAUCCGGACACUCUUACAGGGUGACAAUUCUAAUCUAGCCUACUCCUGCCUGUUCUUCAUCUCCUACGGAUUCCAGAUUCUGAUCCUGAUCUUUUCAGCAUUUUCAGAAAAUAAUGCGUCAUCAAAUAAUCCAUCAUCCAUAGCUUCGUUCCUGAGUAGCAUUACCUACAGCUGGUAUGACAGCAUCAUUCUGAAAGGCUACAAGCGUCCUCUGACACUCGAGGAUGUCUGGGAAGUUGAUGAAGAGAUGAAAACCAAGACAUUAGUGAGCAAGUUUGAAACGCACAUGAAGAGAGAGCUACAGAAAGCCAGGCGGGCACUCCAGAGACGGCAGCAGAAGAGCUCCCAGCAGAACUCUGGAGCCAGGCUGCCUGGCUUGAACAAGAAUCAGAGUCAAAGCCAAGAUGUCCUUGUCCUGGAAGAUGUUACAAAGAAAAAAAAGAAGUCUGGGACCAAAAAAGAUGUUCCAAAAUCCUGGUUGAUCAAGGCCCUGUUCAAAACUUUCUACAUGGUGCUCCUGAAAUCAUUCCUACUGAAGCUAGUGAAUGAUAUCUUCACGUUUGUGAGUCCUCAGCUGCUGAAAUUGCUGAUCUCCUUUGCAAGUGACCGUGACACAUAUUUGUGGAUUGGAUAUCUCUGUGCAAUCCUCUUAUUCGCUGCGGCUCUCAUUCAGUCUUUCUGCCUUCAGUGUUAUUUCCAACUGUGCUUCAAGCUGGGUGUAAAAGUACGGACAGCUAUCAUGGCUUCUGUAUAUAAGAAGGCAUUGACCCUAUCCAACUUGGCCAGGAAAGAGUACACCGUUGGAGAAACAGUGAACCUGAUGUCUGUGGAUGCCCAGAAGCUCAUGGAUGUGACCAACUUCAUGCACAUGCUGUGGUCGAGUGUUCUACAGAUUGUCUUAUCUAUCUUCUUCCUAUGGAGAGAGUUGGGACCCUCAGUCUUAGCAGGUGUUGGGGUGAUGGUGCUUGUAAUCCCAAUUAAUGCGAUACUGUCCACCAAGAGUAAGACCAUUCAGGUCAAAAAUAUGAAGAAUAAAGACAAACGUUUAAAGAUCAUGAAUGAGAUUCUUAGUGGAAUCAAGAUCCUGAAAUAUUUUGCCUGGGAACCUUCAUUCAGAGACCAAGUACAAAACCUCCGGAAGAAAGAGCUCAAGAACCUGCUGGCCUUUAGUCAACUACAGUGUGUAGUAAUAUUCGUCUUCCAGUUAACUCCAGUCCUGGUAUCUGUGGUCACAUUUUCUGUUUAUGUCCUGGUGGAUAGCAACAAUAUUUUGGAUGCACAAAAGGCCUUCACCUCCAUUACCCUCUUCAAUAUCCUGCGCUUUCCCCUGAGCAUGCUUCCCAUGAUGAUCUCCUCCAUGCUCCAGGCCAGUGUUUCCACAGAGCGGCUAGAGAAGUACUUGGGAGGGGAUGACUUGGACACAUCUGCCAUUCGACAUGACUGCAAUUUUGACAAAGCCGUGCAGUUUUCUGAGGCCUCCUUUACCUGGGAACGUGAUUCGGAAGCCACAAUCCGAGAUGUGAACCUGGACAUUAUGCCAGGACAACUUGUGGCUGUGAUAGGCCCUGUCGGCUCUGGGAAAUCCUCCUUGAUAUCAGCCAUGCUGGGAGAAAUGGAAAAUGUCCACGGGCACAUCACCAUCAAGGGCACCACUGCCUAUGUCCCACAGCAGUCCUGGAUUCAGAAUGGCACCAUAAAGGACAACAUCCUUUUUGGAACAGAGUUUAAUGAAAAGAGGUACCAGCAAGUACUGGAGGCCUGUGCUCUCCUCCCAGACUUGGAAAUGCUGCCUGGAGGAGAUUUGGCUGAGAUUGGAGAGAAGGGUAUAAAUCUUAGUGGGGGUCAGAAGCAGCGGAUCAGCCUGGCCAGAGCUACCUACCAAAAUUUAGACAUCUAUCUUCUAGAUGACCCCCUGUCUGCGGUGGAUGCUCAUGUAGGAAAACAUAUUUUUAAUAAGGUCUUGGGCCCCAAUGGCCUGUUGAAAGGCAAGACUCGACUCUUGGUUACACAUAGCAUGCACUUUCUUCCUCAAGUGGAUGAGAUUGUAGUUCUGGGGAAUGGCACAAUUGUAGAGAAAGGAUCCUACAGUGUUCUCCUGGCCAAAAAAGGAGAGUUUGCUAAGAAUCUGAAGACAUUUCUAAGACAUACAGGCCCUGAAGAGGAAGCCACAGUCCAUGAUGGCAGUGAAGAAGAAGACGAUGACUAUGGGCUGAUAUCCAGUGUGGAAGAGAUCCCCGAAGAUGCAGCCUCCAUAACCAUGAGAAGAGAGAACAGCUUUCGUCGAACGCUUAGCCGCAGUUCUAGGUCCAAUGGCAGGCAUCUGAAGUCCCUGAGAAACUCCUUGAAAACUCGGAAUGUGAAUAGCCUGAAGGAAGACGAAGAACUAGUGAAAGGACAAAAACUAAUUAAGAAGGAAUUCAUAGAAACUGGAAAGGUGAAGUUCUCCAUCUACCUGGAGUACCUACAAGCAAUAGGAUUGUUUUCGAUAUUCUUCAUCAUCCUUGCGUUUGUGAUGAAUUCUGUGGCUUUUAUUGGAUCCAACCUCUGGCUCAGUGCUUGGACCAGUGACUCUAAAAUCUUCAAUAGCACCGACUAUCCAGCAUCUCAGAGGGACAUGAGAGUUGGAGUCUACGGAGCUCUGGGAUUAGCCCAAGGUAUAUUUGUGUUCAUAGCACAUUUCUGGAGUGCCUUUGGUUUCGUCCAUGCAUCAAAUAUCUUGCACAAGCAACUGCUGAACAAUAUCCUUCGAGCACCUAUGAGAUUUUUUGACACAACACCCACAGGCCGGAUUGUGAACAGGUUUGCCGGCGAUAUUUCCACAGUGGAUGACACCCUGCCUCAGUCCUUGCGCAGCUGGAUUACAUGCUUCCUGGGGAUAAUCAGCACCCUUGUCAUGAUCUGCAUGGCCACUCCUGUCUUCACCAUCAUUGUCAUUCCUCUUGGCAUUAUCUAUGUAUCUGUUCAGAUGUUUUAUGUGUCUACCUCCCGCCAGCUGAGGCGUCUGGACUCUGUCACCAGGUCCCCAAUCUACUCUCACUUCAGCGAGACCGUAUCAGGUUUGCCAGUUAUCCGUGCCUUUGAGCACCAGCAGCGAUUUCUGAAACACAAUGAGGUGAGGAUUGACACCAACCAGAAAUGUGUCUUUUCCUGGAUCACCUCCAACAGGUGGCUUGCAAUUCGCCUGGAGCUGGUUGGGAACCUGAUUGUCUUCUUUUCAGCCUUGAUGAUGGUUAUUUAUAGAGAUACCCUAAGUGGGGACACUGUUGGCUUUGUUCUGUCCAAUGCACUCAAUAUCACACAAACCCUGAACUGGCUGGUGAGGAUGACAUCAGAAAUAGAGACCAACAUUGUGGCUGUUGAGCGAAUAACUGAGUACACAAAAGUGGAAAAUGAGGCACCCUGGGUGACUGAUAAGAGGCCUCCGCCAGAUUGGCCCAGCAAAGGCAAGAUCCAGUUUAACAACUACCAAGUGCGGUACCGACCUGAGCUGGAUCUGGUCCUCAGAGGGAUCACUUGUGACAUCGGUAGCAUGGAGAAGAUUGGUGUGGUGGGCAGGACAGGAGCUGGAAAGUCAUCCCUCACAAACUGCCUCUUCAGAAUCUUAGAGGCUGCCGGUGGUCAGAUUAUCAUUGAUGGAGUAGAUAUUGCUUCCAUUGGGCUCCACGACCUCCGAGAGAAGCUGACCAUCAUCCCCCAGGACCCCAUCCUGUUCUCUGGAAGCCUGAGGAUGAAUCUCGACCCUUUCAACAACUACUCAGAUGAGGAGAUUUGGAAGGCCCUGGAGCUGGCUCACCUCAAGUCUUUUGUGGCCAGCCUGCAACUUGGGUUAUCCCACGAAGUGACAGAGGCUGGUGGCAACCUGAGCAUAGGCCAGAGGCAGCUGCUGUGCCUGGGCAGGGCUCUGCUUCGGAAAUCCAAGAUCCUGGUCCUGGAUGAGGCCACUGCUGCGGUGGAUCUAGAGACAGACAACCUCAUUCAGACGACCAUCCAAAACGAGUUCGCCCACUGCACAGUGAUCACCAUCGCCCACAGGCUGCACACCAUCAUGGACAGUGACAAGGUAAUGGUCCUAGACAACGGGAAGAUUAUAGAGUACGGCAGCCCUGAAGAACUGCUACAAAUCCCUGGACCCUUUUACUUUAUGGCUAAGGAAGCUGGCAUUGAGAAUGUGAACAGCACAAAAUUCUAGCAGAAGGCCCCAUGGGUUAGAAAAGGACUAUAAGAAUAAUUUCUUAUUUAAUUUUAUUUUUUAUAAAAUACAGAAUACAUACAAAAGUGUGUAUAAAAUGUACGUUUUAAAAAAGGAUAAGUGAACACCCAUGAACCUACUACCCAGGUUAAGAAAAUAAAUAUCACCAGGUACUUGAGAAA